ACUCCGUUUACCGCGUUUCUUCGUUGCACUAGUACGGAGUAAAAUAAAUAGUUAGGGAGAGUAGGGACUUCCCGGAGCAGUAAUUUAGCCGGUGAAGCUCUAAACGGUAUUCUUCGGCGGCCGCCGGUGAUAAGAGAGAUAACAUGGAGGCGGCGAAACCCAAAAGCGGAGGAGCUCGGCUUUGCUCUUUUUGUAAUCUGAGAAAACCUGCUCUAAAACGCCCUAAAACUCUCCACCAGAUAUGCAGGGAAUGUUUCUAUGAUGUGUUUGAAGAUGAGAUUCAUAAUUGCAUAGUUGAAAAUCAGCUGUUUAAGCGUGGGGAACGCGUUGCAAUCGGCGCUUCGGGCGGAAAAGAUUCCACUGUCCUUGCAUAUGUGUUGUCGGAGUUGAAUCGUCGACACAACUAUGGUUUGGAUUUGUUCCUGUUAUCUAUAGAUGAGGGCAUCACGGGUUACAGGGAUGACUCGCUUGAAACUGUCAAGAGGAAUGAACUUCAAUACGGGCUACCCUUGAAAGUUGUGUCGUAUAAAGAUUUAUACGGAUGGACAAUGGACGAGAUAGUCAAGAUGAUAGGGUUGAAGAAUAACUGCACGUUUUGCGGAGUAUUCAGGCGUCAGGCUCUUGAUCGAGGUGCCGCUAUGUUGAAAGUAGACAAGCUUGUUACUGGACAUAAUGCAGAUGAUAUUGCUGAGACAGUGCUCUUGAACAUAUUACGUGGUGAUAUUGCCCGAUUGAGUAGAUGCACCUCAAUAACAACCGGUGAAGACGGACCAAUUCCUAGAUGCAAGCCUUUUAAGUAUACUUAUGAGAAGGAGAUUGUUAUGUAUGCGUAUUUCAAGAGGCUCGACUACUUCUCCACUGAAUGCAUUUACUCCCCAAAUGCAUACCGUGGUUUUGCAAGGGAGUUCAUCAAGGAUUUGGAGAGGAUUAGACCCAGAGCAAUUCUUGAUAUCAUUAAAUCAGGGGAGAACUUCAGGAUUGCCACUUCCACAAAAAUGCCGGAGCAGGGAACCUGUGAACGUUGUGGUUAUAUAUCAAGCCAGAAAUGGUGCAAGGCUUGUGUUUUGCUUGACGGACUGAACCGUGGUCUUCCUAAGUUGGGAAUUGGGAGGAGUCGUGGCCAUGAUAAUGAUGAGAGUAUAAAGGACGUUAAACACAUGACUGGAAGCAAGGAGGUCCAAGGAAAACCAUGUGGAACUUUAGACUUCUGAUGCUAAUAUUUUUGCGUUAUGUUCCCUGGCUGUCACAGGAACAAGCAUUUCUGUACCAAAUGGGCUGAAUGAAGUUACUUUUGUGGCAACUUCUAUGGGUGAAAGUGCCUGUGAAUAUAUGGCUUGAACAAGAGAGUUUGUGGGGGCGAAAUUCGACUGUUUAGGUUCAGGCAAUCAGGUUGUUAAAACCUUUUGGUGCAGUAGUUCCAAUGCGUCACUUAGCCAUUACCCUUAUCUUGGGAAUAGCCGCUGCCCUUAUCCUAGGGCAUUGCUGCAUGCCUGCAUAUAGCAGUAUUCAAUACGAAGAGUCAAGUUCCACCAAGUUAACAGUUUUUCAGUUUCAAUUGAUUUUACUUUUAACAAGUUAAUUACUUCAUUAUACACAUCUUUAUUAAGAGUGGUGUUUUUUUUUUGGAUUUGAUGAUUGCAGUAUUACAUCUACACAUCUGAAUAUUUUGGGAACGUAACCUCUCGGAUAGUAAUUCCUAUGUUCUUAGUUAGUUGACAAAGUUUAACUUCA